UUCCCGCCCAGAAAUAAUAUUAAAACAUUAAACAAACAUUACUUCAUUCUAACAAAUUGAUGUAAACAAAAGUUUUUUCAAGGGUAGUUUAUACACGCCCUAAAUCUAAUCAUGACUGUCUCACGACCACCGGUUUCUCCACCUUUACGUCCGAAUUCUAGAACUCCAAGUUUAAGAAGCCAAUCCAUUUCGCAAUUCACACCGACACAUCCCAGCGGACUGAGGGAAUCCUAUACCAUUGCUACAAGUCCCGAGGCCGCAAGACAUUUUGAAGGGGACGGCGCAGACGGGCGCGAUGAGAACUCGAGGAACGACAACGAGCAAUCUUUAUCGCAUACUCGCCCCGAUACCUCUGACAGUAUAAAUGAUGGACUGGACGGUCACGCACAUCGACAAACUGGAUUUGGGGGAAAUAUUACAGAUGAGACGACUGCGUUACUGAGGAAGCCUCUUGAAAUGAUUGGUAAUGCCGCGCAUCCUGGACCUUGCAAUCAUGGAACCUUCAGCCCGAGGCUGGAAAGUCGUGCAGACAGUGUGAGGAGCUUUGGAGGUUCUGCGCCAAUCUCUCCAGAUGGCAAUGGAGAGGCUAGUGAUGGGAUUAUUGGGGGUUUACUUAAAGGCUUAGGAGUGAGGAAUGAUUCGAUAGCAAAGCCAAAGAGGAUGAGCACGACAACUUGGCUCGCGGAACAACAUGGAAUUACCAACACUACCGGGAUGUAUGUUUUACCUACAUGUUUCUAUAUCUCUAGGCUGACUUGUGGAGUUUUGCUAACACUUACUGCGCAACAGGUACAUAAAUUAUUACAUACCGUUUUUCACAUGGAUCCGACAAUACAGAUGGGUACAUCUUCGAGGCGACUUAAUAGCUGCUAUUACAAUGGCUUCCUUCUACCUACCUAUGGCCCUUUCCUAUGCGGCGAAUCUCGCACAUGUUCCUCCGAUCAAUGGUCUUUACUCCUUUGUUUUUAAUCCACUGAUAUACGCCAUACUUGGAAGCUGUCCGCAAAUGGUUGUAGGACCAGAGGCCGCAGGAAGUUUAUUAGUUGGCACAGUCGUAAAAUCUAGUGUUGAUGGAGGACACGGGGCAGAAGAAGAUGAUUUAAUGCACGCGAGAGUGGCUGGAAUUGUCACCGGUAUGGCAGGAGCAGUCAUUUUAAUUGCUGGUUUAACUCGUCUGGGAUUUCUGGAUAGUGUUUUAAGUAGACCAUUCUUACGAGGAUUUAUUUCUGCAGUUGGUUUUGUCAUUAUGGUUGAUCAAUUAAUACCAGAGAUGGGACUGGCAGGGUUGGCGGAUGAAAUGGGAGGUGUCGCUCAUGGUAGUAGUGUCGACAAGUUAAGGUUCUUGUUUCGAAAUGCCGGUCAAGCGCAUAAGCUUACCUGUAUUGUCGCCGGAGUCAGUUUCAUCAUAAUCAUGAUCUUCAGGUAUGCCGAAAAAUUGUCUAACUUUUAGCUGACAACUGACCCGGUUUCAGAGAGUUAAAAAAGCGCCUACAACCUCGAUUCCCAAAUGUUGCCUAUAUACCCGAUAGAUUCCUAGUUGUGGUUAUUUCAGCUAUUCUAGCUUGGAAAUUUGAUUGGGAAAGUCUUGGCUUAGAGAUCCUCGGCGAGGUGAAAUCGACCGGGGGUGCUCCGUUUACUUUCAGAUGGCCAUUUCAACUAUCUCACAUGAAACAUGUUCGGGAAGCUAUGGGGACGUCAUUCCUGAUUGCACUCCUGGGCUUUUUCGAGUCGUCUGUGGCGGCGAAGAGUCUUGGUGGUGCAGAAGGGAAAGAUAUGAUUCAAGGAAUACAACUAAGUCCGAAUCGAGAAUUGGUUGCACUUGGGGUUGCAAAUUUGGUUGGUGGUUGCUUUCAAGCAGUACCAGCGUUUGGCGGGUAUGGAAGAAGUAAAGUCAAUGCUAGCACUGGUGGAAAAACUCCUAUGAGUAGCAUUUUCUUGAGCUUAUUAACCGUUAUCUGCAUUUUGUUCCUCUUACCCGCCUUCUAUUUUCUUCCGGUAUGUCCUUGAGGUUCCUACAGACUUUAUUAUGCUAAUAACCUACUAGAAAGCGGUUCUCUCCUCAAUGAUUACGGUAGUAGCCUAUUCUCUAAUUGAGGAGGCUCCCCACGAUAUAGCAUUUUUUAUCCGAAUUCGUGGAUAUACUGAACUAGGCCUCAUGUUCAUUAUCUUUGCCUCCACCAUAUUUUACUCUCUAACCCUAGGUAUGGCCGUCGGAGUUGGCCUCUCCCUUCUCUCGGUCAUCAAACACUCUACUCGCCCUCGUAUCCAAAUUCUAGGUCGGAUUCCCGGUACCAAUCGCUUCGAGAACGCGGAGGAUAACCCUGAGAAAUUAGAAUUCAUCGAAGGCUGUCUUAUUGUUAAAAUUCCCGAACCUCUCACAUUUGCCAACACUGGCGAUCUUAAGAACCGAUUAAGGAGAUUAGAAUUAUAUGGCACGAAUAAUGCUCACCCUGCACUACCGCGCGUUCGUUCUCCAGAGCACAACAGGAAUGUUAUUUUUGAUAUUCACGGUGUCACCGGACUCGAUGGUUCAGGUACACAGGUUUUAGAAGAAAUCGUAAGAGGCUAUAGAAAUAGAGGUGUUAGAGUAUUCUUUUCCCGUGCUCCUCAGGAAGGAACCCCCAUUUGGGAAUUAUUGGAUCGGAGUGGAAUUUUGGAAACUUGUGGGGGAAGAGCGCAUUUCGUGAAGGAUGUGGGAGAAGCAUUGAGGUUGACGGAAAUGGAACUUAAUCCAGAUGCUGGACAUACUAAUUUGACGAGUGAUGAAUGAGGUGGAUGAAUGCAUAUAUUUUGGGGAAGAGGGGAAAAUGCAUGUGGUGUUGCAGAAGAGCUGGCAGAUAAGUUUUCCACUUAUGUGCUGGGAUAGAGAUUUUCUUUCUUCCUUUCCUGAUGUUUGUUUGUUUGCUUGUUUGUGGAUUGGCUAUAAUUGAUGAGCGAAUGAGCGAAUGAGCGGGCAUUGCUUGGCGUAUGGUGAUUGAUUGAUGGAUGAAUGAAUGUAUUCAAUAAUGAGACGAACGAAGGGUUUAUAUAUUGUAGCAUGAGAUGAUAAUUUGGGGAUAGAUUUUUGAGAUGGAAUAGAAUUUGAUGUUCAUG